AUGGCGAACCAUUAUGCCAGGGUGAAGUAUGCCCUGUACAACAGCAGGAGUCUCCAGGCCGAAAGCGACGAUGACCACGGCAGCGAGAAGAGCAUCACCCUCAAGUACUCCUCGAGAAAGAGCCAGUCCUAUCGAGAUACCAAGGCAUCUCGGGAAGGUGAUUUCGAGUAUCUAAAGACGAUCCUGAACAACUUGAGUCCGGAGGCAUGCGAAUCGAACGUGAACCGAUUGGACGAUUGCAAGCGAGCGCCGCUGCAUUAUGCCGCCAGAUACAACCACAUCAGGGUGACCCAGCUAUUACUGGAAAAAGGAGCAGAUGUGAAUGUUAUUGGAGAUGAUGGCUUAACUCCUCUGCAUUUUGCUGCUCGUUAUGGAUAUAACAAAGCAUCGAAGCAAUUUGUGAGCAUUUUCUUACAAUGCCCAAACUCUGCCUGCAAGACUGUGAUCGACAUGCUGAUCGAAGAAGGGGCCCACGUGAAUUGCCAGGACAAUUACGACAUGACGCCCUUGCAUUACGCUGCCCUGAGAGGCAAUGCUAUUGCCACCAGUCAGCUGCUCAAGGCUAACAAAAUUAACACAGAGGUUCCUGACAAGCAAGAAAUGACUCCUCUUCACUGUGCAGCCAACUACAACAACCCCGAGAUUGUGGAACUUUUGUUAAAUGCCAAAGCUAACCCUGAAGCUUGUGAUGAAAAUUUAUCGACCCCAUUGCAUCUGGCGGCCAUGACGGGGAGCAAAGAGAUUUCUUUGUUGCUGUUGGAAGCAGUCGAAAAAUCUAAGGGUCCGGACAUGUUGAAAACCUACAUUGAAGAAAAGAACUUCCAUGGCAAUACAGCACUUCAUCUUGCAGUCAACAAAGGGCAUCUUGAUGUUUUGCAGCUACUUCUGAGUAAAGGUGCAGACGCACAGGUGACCUUGGACGACUUCAGCCAGCCCCUGCACCUGGCGGCCAUCUCUGCCAACGUGGGCAUUGUCAGGUGUCUCCUGGAGCAUGGGGCUCAGGUGGAUUGCGUGAACAAUCUCGGAGAGACUUCCCUGCACAAAGCGGCUGCCUUCGAUGCCGGAGAAGUCAUCGACUUCCUGCUGCAAAAUGGGGCCACCGUCGAAAAGUACGACAACAGCCACUUCACCCCCCUCAUGGUCGCUGUGGCAGGGGGUCACACCAAUGCCGUCGAGAGGUUGCUGGAAGCCGAGGCCAGGAUCGACGUCAUGGACAACAUGGAUCGCACUGUCGUCUUCUGGGCAGCCCAAGAGAAUCACCCGGAAGCCCUGAAGCUUCUGUUGGAUCAUACAAAUGCGAAUGUCCUCAUCAAUCGAUGUGAUCAUUACGACAACAGCCCGCUGCACAUUGCUGCUUUGAAAGGCUAUGCUUCUAUUGUUGAGAUUCUUUUGAACAAUGGAGCAGAAAUAGAGAAGAAAAAUGAACAUGAACAAACUCCACUGCAUCUCGCAGCCAAGAACGGACACGUGAACGUUGCACAAGUUUUCAUGAAUUACUCCAAGACCAUCGUCAGUUCGGAAGACGAAAAUGCCAACACGCCCCUGCAUCUGGCUUGUCUCAGUGGUCACUAUCCGAUGGUCAGUGUCCUGUUGAAUGCUGGAGCAAAUAUUAAUGCGAGGAAUUGCUACUUGUGGACAGCUCUGGAUUGUGCUGCUUCGAAGGGCUGGAAGCGUUGCACUCAAAUUCUCUUGCACUCCGGCUGCCCAGUCAAUUCCCUUGACAAAUCCAAGGCUACUCCUCUGCACCUGGCUGCUCGUGAAGGUCAUCGAGGGGUGGUGAAGCUCUUACUGAAAUCUGGAGCCAACAUAGCUCAGUUGGACAAGAACGGAAAGAAUUGUCUCGACCUCGCCAUUGACAGAGGGCAUGAAGAAGUGGCCAUGAAGAUCCUGUCUGACCCCAACUGGGAGUCCGUCCUGCGCAAUGAGACGGACAGGAACAAGUUCUUCCUCCACCAGACUCCCCUACGCAGGCUCAUCCGCUACAUGCCAGAUGUAGCUGCCUAUGUUUUUGACCGCUGCGUGACGUGGAACGAUUUUCCCGACGACCACGUGAAGUUCGAGAAAUCGUUCAACUACGAAUUUCUGGACGACAUGUUUGCCUGUUACAGGCCCAGCCUGUACAAAGGACUGGAUCGAGAUGACUCUUCCACGAGCUCUGGGACAAGCGUCUUCACCGGUUCUAAUAUUUAUAAUGAAGAAGGUAGUGUAAAGAAGAACGUUGCCCCUUAUACUAGCGACAAAGAAGUCUUGAAAUUCAACCAUCCUUUGAUGCUAAUGGUCACCUACAAACGGGAAAACCUCCUGAGCCAUCCUUUAUGCGAGAGCCUGCUGAUGUACAAGUGGAAGAACUAUGGCCGUUAUGUCUACUACGGCAACCUGGCGGUUUUCGUGUCGUUCCUGAUCUUUUUCACGUCAUACAUCGUCACUGCCAUUCCCCCGUGUCCUUUAGGAGAUGAGCAAGACCCCAAGUGCUGCUAUAUUAGUAACUUUACCUGCCAACCAUAUAUUGGAGCUUGUGAUAUAGACAUGGAUAAAAAUUUCCCGAAAAUAUGUAAAACUUUCAUUUAUGUUCUAGCCGUUCUUCAUUUGCUGAAAGAAGUGUACCAGAUCCUCCAGAACGGAAGAAAGUACCUGAACCUGGAAAACUUCCUGGAGUGGUGUUGCUACCUGAGUGCCCUGGUGUUUGUCUCGGAUUUCGACAAGUGCUCGGCCCAGACUGGCAUCAGACAGGUGUGGCAGUGGGAGCUGGGAUCGCUCUCCAUCUUCUCUGCCUGGAUGGUGCUGCUCAUGUUCAUCAGCAAGUUCCCUUUCCUCGGGAUCUACGUCCUCAUGUUCAUCCAGAUCCUGAGCACCUUCGUCAACUUCUCCUUCGUCUUCUUCCUCUUCGUGGUCGCCUUCGCCCUCGCUUUCUUCACCCUGCUGCAGAAUCAGAACCCUUUCGAGAGUCCCCGGCGAUCCAUCAUCAAGACGGGGGUCAUGAUGAUCGGCGAGAUAGAGUUCGAUGCCAUCUUCAACGACCCGGACAACAAGGUGUACUUCCCGGGGCCCUCCUACCUGCUCUUCGUGUGCUUCAUGCUCCUGAUGGCCAUCAUCAUCAUGAACCUGCUCAUCGGAUUGGCCGUCGACGACAUCAAGGGGGUCCAGGAGAAGGCAGAACUGCAGCGCCUGGCCAUGAAGGUAGAACUGGUACUGACAGUGGAGAGGAUCCUCCCCACAGUGGUCCUCAGAAAGUGCAUCUCCAAGUGCCGUACCAUUUACCCCAACGCUUUUCAGACCUUCCCCUGGUAUCAAAAACUCUUCAAGUACCAGUGCAGCUUCCCUCCGAGACCCUCGAAGACUUCUCUGGAGGAACUGGAGGAGAAGCAGUCGAAAUUGUCAAAGCAGCUAAAGGAAAUCCAGGAAUCUAUUAUUCUUUUGCAGAAAGACAUUAAAAUGGUGCACUCCGCCAUAGAAAACAGGCAGGCCAGCUAA